AUGCUCAGAACUCCUCCAAAAGUUCCAAUUCAAGCACAGAAACCUGAACCUGAAUGCAGAACACCAAGUCCAGCUCAAGAGCAAGAGCAGAACAAUGAUCGUAACUCCUCAAACGAAUUGCGGAAACCUGUUACCCCAGAUCGUCUUAGAGUCCCCAAUGCAUUCAAAUACCCAGAAAGGAAAAGAAAAAGAGAGUAA